AUGCUUGACUUGCUAGCCUGCCCCACCUGUCGCAGCAAGACUUUACUUCCGGGUGGCGGGGUCGCGGAAUUGAAAGAUAAUUUCUUCGUGGAGAGCCUGAAGGACACGGUUGACGUCCACAAGAAGCUGGCUAAUGAAGGAGAAAGUCUGGUCUGUGGGAGCUGUGAGACCAAGUCAGGAGCGAAGUCCUUCUGUGAGGUCUUGAAGAUUCUUGUUGGCCAAGAGGGAGGGGGAAGUAAGUCCAGCUAUGGGGUCGGCGGUGGAGGCGGGACCUUCGUCACCAAGACGGACAACACGCCGCUGAUCGUGGCGGGGUGUGUGGGGGGAGGUGAUCUCUUGAAGAAAAGAAACACCAACAGUGACGGUACAACCGCGACAGCAGGGCAGUACAGCUCAGGUGGUCGCCGUAACUUUGCAGGAGGUUCUGACGGGGAAGGCGCCACACAAGGGGAUGGCAGCUAUGUAGGUGGGGGAGGCGGAGGGCUCCUAUUGGACGGUGCGAGCUGGAAAGUUUACUUCGGUGGCACUAGCGGUAAUAAGGGGGCGGGGUGA